AAAAUGUUAUCGUCCGUGAAACAAAAACUAAAAUUCUUCUACAAACCUUACGCCCUAGCUGUAGUGUCCCUUGGAUAUGUACUCGGAGAAUUAGGACAUUAUUUAAUCGGUGUUACGAGUAAAGCAACUGCAAUCGAUUUGCAUUAUGGUGACAUAACUUGUCAACUCAAUUCCACCACAUUGGCUCUUAUUGAUCUGCCAGUUCAAUGUGAAACAGCAAAUAAUUCAGAAACUUGCGAGUCGCUCGAACUUAAUGGGACACGCUACUGCGAGUGGAACUACAAUGGACUCGGCUUGGAUUAUCAAAUAUUGGCUGGGCCCAGCUUUAUCGCUGUCUUUACAAUUGUUGGCGUCAUUCUUGGAAUUGCCGCCGAUCGAUAUAAUAGAGUUAGACUCCUCACUAUCUGCACAUUUACAUUCAGCGUUGCAAUUAUUCUAAUGGGAUCCGUUAAAGAAUAUUGGCAACUGGUUAUCCUUCGAAUGCUGGCUGCUGCAGGAGAAGCUGGCUGUAAUCCAUUAUCUACGGGUCUUCUUUCCGAUUGGUUCGCCGAGGAAAAACGAGGUCUAGUUAUGUCAAUCUUCAAUUGGGGAAUAUACGGUGGUUACGGAAUUGCUUUUCCUGUUGGAAGAUACAUCCCCGAAUUAAAUGCUUGGGGAUUGGGUUGGAGAGUGUGUUACUAUGGUGCUGGCAUAGUGGGACUAUUUUUGGCAUUUUUAACCGGAUUGACACUUACGGAACCCGAGAGGACGACCAUUGGGGAGGAAAAUAAGAACGAAGGGAAAAGGGAUCCUCUGUGGAAAGUGAUUCUUCAACCUCGUAUUAUUCUUUUGUGCCUUGCAGCCAGUAUCCGGCAUUGUGGUGGCAUGUGCUUCGCCUACAAUUGUGAUUUGUUUUAUCGGGAGUAUUUUCCUGAUUACGAUCUUGGCUGGUGGCUCUUCGCCGUGACGAUCGUUAUCGGAAGUAUUGGGGUUGUCGUUGGUGGUGUUGUCAGUGACAAAUUUGUGGCAAAGAUGGGCAUCCGCUCGAGAGUCGCAGUUCUUGUCGUCAGUCAACUCAUUGCCACGCCCUUCGCCUUUGGCUCCGUGUACUUUACUCCGCUCUGGGCGAUGAUCACCCUCGGAAUUUCUUACUUUUUCGCUGAAAUGUGGUUCGGCAUUGUUUUUGCCAUUCUCGUGGAAAUUGUGCCGUUAAGCAUGAGAUCGACAACAGUUGGCAUUUUUCUUUUCGUGAUGAAUAAUAUCGGCGGCAACUUGCCUAUACUCGUUGAACCAACGAGUAAGACUAUUGGAUAUAGGGAAUCUUUAUAUAUCUUUUACGCUGGAUUCUAUGGAAUAAGCUCACUCAUGUUCCUCAUGACAAUGUUCCUGAUGGAUGGUCCGAAGAAGGACGGGAACAGCUCUGCCGAUACGGAGGGUCACGACAAUCGAAACUACAUUGACGACGAGGGUAAGGCAUCGACGUUGGAACUACCACGAUUGCCCGCAAGGACGUCCUUCAGCUACGAUAAUUCCAACCUUUGAGAAUCUCUGACU